GCGGCGAUGAGGACGGCGGAGGACUCGAACGGCACGGUGCUGCACCGCCUCAUCCAGGAGCAGCUGCGCUAUGGGAACCUCACCGAAAACCGCACGCUGUUGGCCAUCCAGCAGCAGGCCCUGUGCGCCGGCGGUGCCGGCAGUGCCAGUGGUGCCGGCAGCCCCCGCUCCUCCCUGGAGAGCCUCAGCCCAGAGGAAAGCCAAAUGGUGCAGCAAUCCACGCGGCAGGAGCCGCAGGGCCAGGAGCAUCACUCCCACCACGUCUACUUGGAGAACAGCGCCUGUCGGCUCUGCCAACCCCGGCACAAGGGCGAGGAGCUCCCCACCUACGAGGAGGCCAAGGCGCAUUCCCAAUAUUACGCCUUGCAGCGGGGCGGGCAGUGAGCCAGCCUGGGAAUUCGGGGGGAAAACGGUCCGCAGGGGGCGCAGAGCGGCCGCCGCCGCCCCGACGAGGGGCUGAAGGAGCUGAAGCACGGCCAUGUGCAGUCGCUGAGCGAGCGGCUGAUGCGGAUGUCGCUGGAGAGGAAGAGGGCCAAAGCGCAGAGCCCCAUCAGCACCUCCCACAGUUACCCCCAGCUCUCCCGCCACCACCAGCUGUCCGCCCUCCGAGGGCAGCACCCCGAGGGGCCGGAGCCGUGGGGACCCCCCCCGGAGUAUCCCUACAUCAUCCCAUCCCAGGACGCUUACCUGGCCGAACCCCAACCCUGCUCCCGGGAAGGUCCUGGAUUUCAGCAUCCCGAAAUCAGGGUGCUGCCCACCCACGUCCCCGCCGCCUUCCUGCCACCGGGGGGGGGCCGCAUCCAGAAGCUGGAGAGUGAGAUCCAGCGCAUCUCGGAGGAUUACGAAAACCUCGUCAAGGCCUCUUCCAAGCGGGAAGCCUUGGAGAAAGCCAUGAGGAACAAGAGGGACGGCGAGAUGCGACGGCUCCAGGACUUCAACCGGGACCUGAAAGAGCGGUUGGAAUCGGCGAACAAGCAGCUGGCCAGCAAGACCCAGGAGAGCCAGGAGAGCAACCAGGGCAGCGUGGCCAAACUCCUGGCACAGACGGCCGCCCAGCGGGACACCACCCUCAUCAGCCAUUCCCCCCAGCACUGCCCCAACAGCAGCUUCAACGAGGACCUCCUCCUGGCCAGCCACAAGCACCAGGAGAUGGAGAACAGGUUAAAAGCCCUUCACGCCCAAAUCCUGGAGAAGGAUGCCGUCAUCAAGGUCCUGCAGCAGCGCUCACGGAGGGACCCCAGCAAAACCCUCCAAGGCUCCCUGCGGCCAGCCAAAUCCGUGCCCUCCGUCUUCACCGCCUCCGCUGCCCCGAGCUGGCCGGGGGCUGGCCAGGGCGACCGGCUGGCCGAGGGCACCUCCCGGGGCAGCACAGCAGGCAAAGCCACCACCGAAGGGGCAGCAGCGCCCGCUGGCCUCCCCCUGCCCUCCCACGCCAAGCACGGCAGCAAGGACGGCAGCACGCAGACGGACGGGGCGGCCGAGAGCAGCGGCGAGGGCACCGAGCACCGGGCUGGGUUGCCAGGCCGUGGCAUCACCGCUGCCAAGGAUGGCUUUGCCCAGAUUUCGAGCCGCCUGCCGCGUUGA